AUGGAGACUUACGUUGAUGCGACUGGUGUGGACACAGCAGCUACAACAACGACGGAGACGAUGGGGAAGCAGAACAAAAAGAAGUUGAACGUUAUGGUUGCGAUGGAUGAAAGCAAGAAUAGCUUCUACGCGUUGGAAUGGGCAGUGGAACAUCUCAGAGAUGUUAUUAGUGCCGAACCGGAAACCGAUCAACCAGGCGGUUUACUUACUUUGGUUCAUGUUCAUCCAACCUACCUUCAAUAUAUCUACCCUUCUGGUGGAACUGCUUCGGCUGUGUAUGCGACAGAUUCAGUUCCUGAAUCAAUGAAGAAAGCACGAGAAGAGAGCACGGCCAAGUUGUUCACACGGUCAUUGGAGAUAUGUCGUGGCAAAAUGGUGAAGACGGAGACGAUGAUAUUGGAAGGAGAUCCAAAGGAGAUGAUAUGUCAAGCAGUCGAGCAAACCCAUGUGGAUCUUCUUGUUGUUGGUAGCCGUGGACUUGGCAUGAUCAAAAGGGCCUUUCUAGGGAGUGUGAGUGAUUACUGUGCUCAACAUGCCAAAUGCCCUAUUCUCAUCGUGCGACCACCUAGAGAAACCUCAACCACUAGUAAGUAG